AUGGGUUACACUCACUGUGGACCUAAGUACUUAGCCACCUAUUUACGUACCAACCAAUCGUCUCAUGCUAGUUCUCUCAGGAAUGCCCUCUUAGGUGCAUUACCGCAUCUGCUCAUGACUAUCAUAGUUCCAACUGGAGGAAUACUUGCAGAUCGGAUACGAAAACGAGGAAUUUUGACAACGACCCAAGGAGUAACCUACCCAGCCUGCCACGGCAUAAUGAGGCACUGGGCUCCACCUUUGGAGAGGUCACGUUUAGCAACACUCGCUUUCAGUGGCUGCUACGCCGGAGUUAUGUUUUCUAUGCCCAUUUCGGGCGAACUAGUGGAACAUUUUGGAGUUUUAGCUCCGUUUUAUUUUUACGGAGUUGCUGGAAUUUUGUGGAAGCAAUAUGACCAAUUCAAUGCAUCGAUCAAACAUCAGAAAAGUGAAGGUACAGUUGCAGACGACGUCAGCACCCCGGAAAGCCUACCAGAAUACGACCAACCACCUCUUCGGAAGAUCGACCAGUACAUCAGACCGGAACUACCAUGUCUGACGAAACGAGCCACGGUCGCCCUGCUGAGCUGUGUAGGGUUUAUUAUCAUGUUUGGUAUGAGAAGCAGCAUGGGAAUGAUCAAAUUGAAAAUGAAUAAUACUUGGACACCAGAGACGUUAUCUGCAGUUGAUGCUGCCAUUUUUUGGGGUUAUUUCGUGACCCAAAUUCCUGGAGGACUCAUAGCCGCUGCUUAUCCGGCCAAUAAGUUAUUUGGGGCGGCAAUUGUGACAUCUUGUGUUCUGAAUCUUAUCAUUCCAGCUCUCUAUCAAAAACCCGAUUUUCUCAUAGUAAUUAAAGUUCUACAGGGUUUAGUAGAG